AUGCCCUCAUACUCCAACGACUCUUGUCAGACGGCCACGGUGACCGCCACCCCAGCUCCUCAACCUCCCCGUUCGUUUGAUUCCGCCCAUCGCAAGUCGCACGACAAAACAUCGGUCAGCAAUACCUUUCUGUGGACUAAUUGGCCCAACGGCGACCACAAUUAUAAUCCCCAGCAAAGCGAUCGUCCUUUCAUCUCCGAGUUGAAAAACGGCAGCGCAUAUUCCCUGAAUGGCACCCGGUCAAGCAUAGGCUCCUAUACGCGCGAUCUGCCACACUCCAAGGACGGCAGCAUGCACUCCUUGGGCAAUGGCUCGGUCAAAGAUCCUCGGGACCUCGGCCGGUCGUCUGCCAUGACAGACAACAAAUACUCGGAUGUUGGCCCCGGAGCAGGCUCUGCGGCAGCACCAACGCCGGUCCACCAAGCUAAUGGCAGCGCCACAACGCCGAGCCAUCGACCUGCGUUAGGCAAGUCAAUGCCCAAUGGCGAUUCACACCGGCAAUCAGCAGACGACACCGUCCUGUCCGGUCGCACAACAAGCCCAUCGGCCUCAUUACUGCAGAUUCCCCACUCCGACGACACAGGUCGUCUCUCCCCCGACUCGGAUCGAUUGUCACCGGAACCCAGAGCUAGUAUUCACCACCGCUACUCCUCUCCGCCGGCUCCCUCUUCUCCCGAAACCUUUCCUGUAUCCGAAUCACAACAGUCGAGUAUGCGGCAACGUAAUUCUCUCCAAGUUCCGCGCGGUACGAGUGUUCGUCGGAAUAGUCGCGACCAAAGCGAAGAUGCGGCCUACACGAGCGGUCGUCUCUCUCCCACUGGGGCGGGUCCCCGCCGUACCUCGUUCAGUCUGAUUCGACGGGCGACAAGGACGCAGUCAGAACCAUUAGAUGACACAGUACCGGACGAGGAUGCCGCGCGAUGGGCAGAGGCCAUCAGGCAAAAGCGAGCAUCGCGACGACGACGCGAAGACGACGACGACGAGCGGGUGAUCGUGGGUACCAAGGUCGACCAAAAUCACGUCAACUAUGUGACGGCAUACAACAUGUUGACCGGCAUUCGUUUCACGGUCUCUCGGAUCAACGCCAAAAUGGAUCGAGAAUUAACUACUGCAGACUUUGAAGCGAAACACAAGUUCUCCUUCGACAUAACCGGCAACGAGCUGAUUCCCUCCGCCAAAUACGACUUCAAGUUCAAAGACUAUGCCCCCUGGGUGUUCCGUCACUUGCGCGCAAAAUUCAACCUCGACCCCGCCGAUUACUUGAUGUCUCUGACCAGCAAAUACAUUUUGUCAGAGCUUGGCUCGCCCGGUAAGAGUGGAAGUUUCUUCUACUUCUCCCGCGAUUACAAGUACAUCAUCAAGACGAUCCAUCAUUCCGAACAUAAGCUUUUGCGCAAGAUUCUACCACUUUAUUACAAGCACGUGCAAGAUAACCCCGAUACGCUCAUCUCGCAAUUCUAUGGGUUGCAUCGCGUGAAGAUGGCUUAUGGACGGAAGAUCCACUUUGUCGUGAUGAAUAAUCUCUUCCCACCGCACCGUGAUAUCCACCAGACAUUUGACCUAAAAGGCUCGACCAUCGGCCGUGAUUUACAUGAGGCAGACCUCGAGAAGAAUCCGCGAGCGACUAUGAAAGAUCUUAAUUGGGUUCGACGGGGUCGACAUUUGCAAUGCGGGCCUGAGAGACGUGCCGCCUUCAUUGAACAACUAACCAAGGAUGUGGAACUGCUCAAAAAGCUGAAGAUCAUGGAUUACUCGCUGCUGGUCGGCAUUCAUGAUGUGGAACGCGGAAAUGAAGAGAAACUGCGCGACAAAACGCUCCAAGUUUUCCAACCUGGCGGGGACCGCGAAGAGGAAAACAAGGGAAACAACAUGCUCAUGCGGACGCCGUCCAAGCUCGAGAAUGAGCGCAAGGCCCGUGAACUUCGCAUGUUGAUCAAGCGGGAGCGUCCAGUGCCGUUGGACAAGGCAAUGGCAAAGAUGCCUGAAGAGGUUCUCGACUCGCGCAAAAAGGGACUUAAAUUUUACGCUGACGAUGGUGGGUUCCGUGCCACUCAUGAGGACGGUACUUUCGGCGAUGAGAUUUAUUACCUGGGAAUCAUCGACUGCCUGACCCACUACGGCAUGAUUAAGAAGAUUGAGAAUUUCUUCAAGGGUCUCUCACACGAUCGGUCUCAAAUAUCGCCAAUUCCACCUGAGGGCUACGGCGAUCGUUUCGUACACUUUGUCAAGGGCAUCACCAUGUCCGUGGAAGAAGCCGAACGACAACGUGAGUCGGGCGAGAACCGCUCGUCUUCUGUCGAUCGUGUCAUGCAAGCCGCUGAGAAAGAGGCUGCAAGAGAUGUCUCUAUCACGCAACCCCGAAUCCUAUCUACCGUCCGGGACCCGUCGGACGCCGCUGGCCCGGGGCCUACUUCUACCCUACCGAUUGUCGACGAGGUUGGCGAGGCAAGCAGCGUUGGUGGACGCAGCUCACAAAAUAGCCGACAAGGUCCUCGCUUGACUGAGAAAGAUCUACCACCUUUGCCGACUGAAGAGCGCUCGUAA